UGGAACAAAGUAAUAGUAAGCUAAUGAAGUGUGGUUUAUUAAAUAUCAGAUCUCUCUCAUCUAAAUCCUUUUUAAUAAAUGACUUGAUAAGUGACCAUCACAUAGAUCUGUUCUGUCUCACUGAAACCUGGCUGCAGCAGGAUGAAUAUGUUACUUUAAAUGAGUCGACUCCAAUGAGUCACAUCAACUAUCAUGUUCCAAGAAGUACAGGUAGAGGUGGAGGAGUAGCAGCAGUUUAUAAAUCAGAUUUAUUAAUUACUCCUAAACCUAAACAUAGUUAUAACUCAUUUGAGAGCCUCACUCUGAGCCUUUCUCACCCAGACUCUAAAACUCAGAAACCAGUUGUGUUUUGUAUUGUUUACCGUCCUCCUGCUCCAUAUUCAGAGUUCUUAACUGAAUUCUCUGAAUUCUUAUCUGACUUAGUUCUUAGCACAGAUAAAGUCAUUGUAGUGGGAGACGUUAACAUUCAUGUAGAUGUUGACAGCAACUGUCUCAGCACUGCUUUUAACUCCUUAAUAGACACUAUUGGUUUUACACAGCAGGUAAAUGAACCCACUCAUCGUUUUAACCACACUCUAGAUCUUGUCCUGACAUAUGGAGUUGAAAUUGAUAAUUUAAUAGUUCUUCCCCAAAACCCUCUGUUAUCUGACCAUUUCUUAUUAACUUUUGAAUUUAGCACAACUGACCCUAUAACAGCUGGAAAGAAAUGUUACUAUAGCAGAUGUUUAUCUGACAAUGCUGUUGCCAGAUUCAAGCAGAUGAUUCCAUCAUCUUUUGCCUCAAUGUCUUGCAGAUACACAGAGAACAGUCACCUUAAUCCUUAUGAACAGGUUGACUGUCUUGUAGAUGAUGCUGCAGCUUCUCUACGUACAGUGUUAGAGACAGUGGCCCCUCUGAAGAAGAAGACAGUGAAUCAGAGGAGGUUAGCUCCGUGGUAUAACUCAGACAUCCGCAGUCUAAAGCAAAGGACUAGACAACUAGAAAGACAGUGGCGUUCCAACAAAAUAAAUGUAAACUGCAUUGCAUGGAAGGACAGUCUAAUGAAAUAUAAAAAAGCACUUUGUGCUGCUAGAAAAACAUAUUAUUCCUCCCUAAUUGAGGAAAACAAAAACAACCCCAGGUUUCUUUUCAGCACUGUAGCCAGGCUGACAAAGAGUCAUAGCUGUAUUGAGUCUACUAUCCCCUUAAAUCUCAGCAGCAAUGACUUUAUGAACUACUUUACUAAUAAAAUUAUCAUUAGAAAAAACAUUCAGCAGCGACUUCUUCCAAAUGACAGAAAGCACUGUCUAGAUCCAUUAACUUUAAAUUUAUUAAAUCCUCUGUCUUACCUAGACAGCUUCUCCCCCAUAACUCAUAUGGAGUUAACCUCAAUAAUUAACUCUUCCAAGUCGUCCACUUGUCUUUUAGAUCCAAUCCCAACCAGAUUACUCAAAGAAGUUCUACCUUUAAUCAGCUCAUCCAUAUUAAAUCAAAUCAACCAAUCUUUACAACUAGGCUAUGUACCACAGGCUUUUAAGGUGGCUGUGGUCAAACCUCUAUUGAAAAAAACCAACCCUUGACCCUGGACAACUAGCCAACUAUAGGCCCAUUUCAAAUUUACCCUUUAUUUCCAAGAUUCUCGAAAAAAUCGGGGCUAAACAAUUAUCUGACCACCUUAGUGGGAAAAACCUGU